UAUCACCUACCCCUCCGCACCGGUGGUUGGAUCGAGGAUACUCCUUUCAAGAUUCCACCGCAAAUGAAGCCAUGGUUCGAGACUCCUGGCGGCGAACCUACCGACCAGUUUUAUCCCACCAUUGACCUGUUGUGUGGGGAGUCGGUGGCUACUGAUUCGGCUAAGGACGGUGGCGACUUAGGCUACCGUGCCUUUAAAGAUUUGAUUACGCCUGCUGACAGGCCACAAGGUCAGAUUGAUGCCCCUGCUGCUCAACACUUUAAUGACCUCUACAAGGCCGUUCAGUCCAGCAUGGACCUGUACUACGUUUACCGCUGGAACCAGCUGCAGCUGACUCAGAAUAACAUUGAUAUGGCCGAUUUGAGGAAGCGGGCUGAGGAUGCUGAGUCUUUGCUGGAAGACAGCAAGAAGAAGUUGGAUGCUGCGGCUUCUGAUUUGGAGGCGGCUAAUAAACGGCUCAGUGAUAUUGAGCCAAAGCUGCAGGCUGAGGCUGAGAGAGCAGACGGUUUGGAUCAACAGCUGGCAAGUAUUAAUGCAAGCUUGCCGGGCGUAAAGAAAUCUGCCGCCAAGAAAGCCGUUGAUAAACUUCUCCAGUCUGACUGGUUUAACGACAUUCUGACUUUGCGCCAUAACGGCGGUUGGUGUGCUGCACAUCGGGUCGUUUGCCAUGUGAAGAAGCUGGACGAGGAUGGCUGGCAAGAGUUUGAAGAUGGUUAUGAGGAGAAAGAGUUGUAUAAGGUUGCAACCGGCUUUGAGCCUCAGGAGCUACCCGAGGCGGUGAUUUGCAAUGCUAAUCAGAGGACCCUGCCUCCUUUGGAUGUUCCGGAAGCAGCUUAUUGGUCUGAUGAUGAGCCUGCCGUUUGACGGUUUCGGCAGUCAUCACCUUCCUCCUC